UUCAAAUAUAUUAACAUACACAAACAUAAAUAUACGAACAUAUAAAUAUAAUAAUAAAAUUAAUGAUGAUGAGCACAGUGGUGUGGUGGUUAGCACUGUUGCCUCACAGCAAGAUGGUUCCUGGUUCGAUCCCAGGAGGAAGCCCUUCUGUAUGGAGUUUGCAUGUUCUCCCUGUGCCAGCGUGGGUUUCCUCUGGGUACUCCGAUAUGUUCUCCCCGUGUCAGCGUGGGGUUCCUCCGGGUGCUCCGACAUGUUCUCCCUGUGUCAGCGUGGGUUUCCUCCAGGUGCUCUGACAUGUUUUCCCUGUGUCAGCGUGGGUUUCUUCCAGGUGCUCCGAUAUAUUCUCCCCGUGUCAGCGUGGGGUUCCUCCAGGUGCUCCGACAUGUUCUCCCCGUGUCAGCGUGGGUUACCUCCAGGUGCUCUGACAUGUUCUCCCCGUGUCAGCGUGGGGUUUCCUCCAAGUGCUCCGACAUGUUCUCCUCGUGUCAGCGUGGGUUUCCUCCAGGUGCUCCGACAUGUUCUCCCUGUGUCAGCGUCUCCGGGAGCUCCGACAUGUUCUCACAACACAAACAUAUAAAUAUAUAAAUAUAUGAACACACAGACAUAUAAAUACAUAAAUAUAUGAACACACAAACAUAUAAAUAUAUAAAUAUAUGAACACACAAACAUAUAAAUAUAUGAACACGCAGACAUAUAAAUAUAUAAAAAUAUGAACACACAAACAUAUACACAUAUAAAUAUAUGAACACACAGACAUAUAAAUAUAUAAAUAUACGAACACACAAACAUAUAAACAUAAAUAAAUGAACACACAAACAUAUAAACAUAUAAAUAUAUGAACACAUAAACAUAUAAAUACAUGAACACACAAACAUAUAAACAUAUACAUAUAUAAAUUUAUGAACACAUAAACAUAUAAAUAUAUGAACACACACAU